AACAUGGCGCGUCACAGACUGGUCUUUACGUUCGCGACACUCUAUUUUUUCAGCGAAUUCUCGCAAUGUAGCGCCGAUAAUGAAGAUUCUUUUGCAUGGAACGUAAAGGACAGCACCGAGUUUGGUGUGGCUGAAUCAAAUAUUGAGGUGAAUGCUUUAAUUCUGUAGAGUUUAUACAGGUGAUUUCAUUAUAAAUUGAUCUAUAAAUUGGCGAACAGGUAAAAGUUCGCGAAAGUCAACAUCCAUGCCGGGGCGUUUGAUCGCAUGAAAUAGCCUCUCUCUGUAUUUAUUUUUUUCUCAUAAGGCUUACCGGUAGUUUGAUUAAUGUUUUGACUGUUUCAGUCCACAUCUAUCGGGAAUGAAACAUACAAUAUAAAUGAACACUAAAUAUGAUUUUCAAAAAAGUCGUUUCCUCACAAGCUUACUUUAGUAUUUUACUACUAUGUAAACAGGAACAAAAUUACAAAAGAAUUUAGUUGUCACAUCUCGCAAGUAUCUAAUUGUGUGAAGUAAGAAGCCGUUUUUUCAUUUUUCUUUUUCUAGGUAUUAGUUUAUCCCAGGCAAUUAAUAUGCCAAAAUUACUACUUACCUGCUUACCUGUUGGUUCCAAAAGUGAUUUAAAAUUCAAAUGCACUUAAACUUUCAGCCAGAUGGAUUAUUAUAAAUGACGACAAGCACCUGAUCAUUAAACAUGAUAGAAUAUUUAUGGGCUUUUUUGGACAGUUUUUAUUUUAAAUCCAGGUGGUAUGACUAAGUGACAUAUAACGAUUAUAAAAAUAAUGUUUUCUCUCUUAAGGUAAACACACAUAAAAAUACAUUCAGUUACUAUUUCCAACCAAAAUAAACAACAUUUAGGAGAGAAGAAUAACUCCCGUGAUGUCUGCUUUGUUGCCCAAAACUUUCUCUGACUUGAUUUUACUUCACAGAGGUCAAAACUUGCAUGCUAGUAAAAAAAUAGUGCAUUUUGAAUUUAAAUAAUUGCUUAUGCUAACACAAAGAAGCAAACUAACAAUAAAACGUUUAUUUUCAUGACAAGGCCAGGAAAGAGCCAAACCUGAAUUUAUUCCUGAUCAAGGUUGUUUUGAAUCUAUUACUGAUAAUUCAUCUUAAAAGUGCAAGAAUAAUAAUGUUAUAUAGACAUACAUGUAAGAGACCUUUAGGCUUAUUUGUUUAUAUAUUUACUAAAAUAUACAGCAAACCCUCAAAAAGAGGAUUUUUUUGCUGGGGUGAUAAAAAAACAUCAGUAAUAGUCAACAGUUGAUUAGUUGGUAUCUCAAUUCUAAAACAAUGUGUCCAAAAAUCACACCUCAAGGUUAUUCAAAUUGGUCUGCAAUAAUUGGGGACAGCUAUCUUGCGAGUUGGUAAUGUCAAGCACAAGACAGUAUUGUCUGUGAACAAGUGGACUUUAAGAACAAGGAUUUAAGAGAAGCUUCCAAAUUGCAGUAUUGUCAGUAGCAACCUAUUGGUGAGCAUAAGCAACCACAAAGAUGACGACAAUGAUAACAUCAAAUUCAUUUUUGUUGCAGCAUUUUUACUGCUGUCAUCAUCGUUGCUUAGUAUUAAGUUACCUAUUAUUACAAACUUUAUAUUUUUCAGGCCUUGCAUUUUGUAGCUUCACUGAGUAACAAAAAUAUAAUAAAAUUUAAGUAAUAAAAGUGUGAUUUUUCAUUUGUUUCUUUAGGAUACAAUCCUGGAUGUCGACCUCUCAUCAAAAAUCACUUUCAGAUAUCAAACAACUGAUGGGGGCAAAAUUUAUGUCUUUGAUAAUAUUUUACACCCAAUAAAUCUUCACAUUUUCUCAAGGUAUUUAAAUAUCGAUUUAGGAGCCUGGCAGUUCAGUCUUUAUGAACCAUAUGACGGGGGAAUUGAAAAGCCAACAGACAAUAUCCCAUGGAUAAACGACGUAGAUUGCAUUGAAUUUUCAAAAUCCGUGGUUGGGAAAACAAUGCAAAAAGCAGUGAUGGACACUGCGCAAACUGAGGAUAUUUACUAUCCAUACAAAGUCAAAGGAAAACUUGUUCGACGUGGUGACUUUACUAAACUAUUCACUGAUGCCAACAAAACAGAUGAUGAAUACUCUGCUUUUAUGUUUUUGAAUCCUACGUGGAGGAAGAAUGAUUAUGGAGAACUUUACCUGUAAGUACAAUGAUAAGUAUAUUAAUUCAUUUUUUGUGAAUCAAGCAGUCUUAGUCCCAAGUAUUUUUAAAAAAUUGACAACAGUUUUCUGUAUACUAUACUCUCACUGAUCACAGAAAUGACAUCCCAAUGUACAUGUAGUCGUCCACCUGUAUCUUAAAGAAUGACUUGCAGUAACCAGUUACAGUGGAACCCCGUUAUUACGGUCACCAAUGGGCCAUAAAAAUUUGGCCAUAUUGACAGGUGGCCAUAUUAACAAGAUUUUUUUUUACGACAAAAUGUAUGGCCAUGUUAUUACCAGGCACCCAAAUAAAGUGGCUGUAAUAACAAGGUGACCAUACUACCAAUGUGGGCGUAAGGCGGGAUUUCACUAUACCAUCAAACUCAGAAAACCUUGAGCAGCUAAAAAAUUUUAGCAAUGUUUAUUGAGUAGGGACCAAAUAUCACAAUAAAGUUCAGGAUACGUCAGCAAACUACAAACUAAUUACCGUUGCUGUUUGCGGUUUUCCAUAAAUAUAUCUGGUUUUCACAGUUUUCUGACUUUCACAAACAAAACUCUUGAAAUUGUUAAAAGGAAACUCCAAUUUUUUUGCUUUCCUCAGAUACGAUGAAGACAAUGAAAUAAUGGCAGGAACAGUACCAAAAUUUGGCCGUGUUGUUGUAUGGCCAAGUUCAGUGUCUUAUCUUGCACGACCUCCCAGUAUGGCUUUUAAAAAAGGACAACUAAUACUUCAUGUUCAGUUCACCAAGUCCAAGCAAAAAAUGCUUGCUAGCCACAGGGAAAGAAUGACAGCAAAAGGUCAACGCCAGGUGGCGUAUGAUGCAGGAUUUAUUGGAAGCGACAAACCUGCUCCAACUGGUAUCAACAUAGCACAGCAUCGGGUGUCUGAACACUCCUCAACAGAAGGAAAGAAAAUUUUUGUGUUUGAUGAUCUCUUUGACAAGGAAGAUCUUGAUAGGUUAAGAGCGUUCAUCUUCAAACAUGGUACUUAUUAUUAUGAUGAUUCUGAUGAUGGUGAUGAUGGAGGUGAUAACGUGCAGUGGAUUGCAGGGUUUGAGAUCAACGACUACAUUCAGAGCAGACUUUGGAACAUUAUGCAACAGGUUUGUGCACAGAGUGUGAGAGCUUUUAACCCUUUAAGCCCUAAGAGUGAUCAGCAUCAAAUUUCUCCUUGUAAUAUCAAUGCUUUAUAAAACAGAUUGGUGAUGAGAAUUAUGGAAAUGAUCACACAAGAUAAAUUUGCUUGAUAUUUUAGCAACUUCUCCCCACUACUUCUAUGGGAAAUGAAUGGGGGCAACAAAUGAGAAUUCAAAUUUUGAUCUUAGGGUUUAAAGGGUUAAACUACAAGUCACCCUAUGUAAGGGAAUCCAGAUCCCAGAAUCUGGGCAAUUUUUGCUCGUGGAAUCUGGAAUUCUGGACUUUGGAAUCUGGAAUAAAGCUCAAGGAAUCCAGAUUCCCACUAACAAUUUGAAUCUGGAAUCCAAGUUCCACUGACUCAACAUUCUGACUACUAAUAUGAAUCACCUGCAAGUUAACACCUGUCAGUGAUAUUUCAUGAAAAGCAGUGAAAAGACGUUUUAAAGUUGAAUCUAAGCUCUUGCAAGUAAAAGAAUAUUACUCUUACUCUCAUUUGUGCACAGAUGCACAAGUGAUGAUUUCUGGGGCUCCAGCUCACAUGUUAUUUUCACUGUAUCCAAAUGAGCAUGAUAAUCUGCUAAUUGAGUUUUAAGUGUAAUUAAAUUAGCCUGCUUGCAGACCUCCCCUGUUUCCUUUCGUUUUCUGCAAAUAACAAUGGAAAUAGGAGACAAUUGCAUGCAGGCUUAGAGUGCAAAUAAGAAUUUUUCACACAGUGUGAGUGGCAAUUGUAACAGUAAGCUGAUUUGAAGCAGUCCUUUCCUAUUUUUGAUGUGGUUGGGUCUUAGAUAAAACCAUUUCUUCAAUUUUCAUUUUUGGUCAUGGAAAAUUUUAUUAGCAGAUCUAGUGUUACUGUAAGUGUUUCUUCUUCCAAAGGCUCUUUUGAGCCUAACAGGCUUUUUUUCUUGUUCUACUAACGCUUGAAUUUUUGUGCAUUAAAUCUUACAGACUCUUAAACAUUUGACUGGUAGCGAUAAGUGGUUUCCAUAUGACAUCUCAUGUAACCUGAUCCGCAGUGCCGAUCACACCCGCAUACAUCAGGACUGUGAAUAUCAUGAAGAUGAGUGGACGUACCUUAUUUAUCUAACUCCAAACUGGACUAAAAAUGACUAUGGCGAAACAGCCUUUUAUGAGACAAUGAGCCACGACAAUGAAAUCAUCACAGAGGUUCGGCCCAAGUAUGGCCGGGCUGUUGUAUUUCAAGGUAUGUUGUAGCGGAACCUAGCCUUCAUGGCAGGUUACGAGAAGGGACGAAGAGAAACUUUGUUUGUUUAUUUUUUGGCUUGUAUACUUAUUCAAUAGCGCAUGGUCGCUUUUUGUCUUGUAGAGAACUUAUUAAAGCAACGACGACUGCAACGGUAAUGAGAACGGCCAAGAAUCUAAAGAUCUAGAUUAGCAAAACACUAACUUUGCUCGAGCAUCACGCUUCUUUGCGGUCGUUGCUUUACUACGACGUGAAACUCCCUAGUUUUACUCGAGGACGUGAACGCAAACCAACGAUUUUCGUUUUCUUCGAACUUAGAUGCAGUUCUUUAGAAUUCGACCUCAGAAAAAUUCGCCAAAGUUUGACAAGUGGGACAAAAUGGAUUCUUUAAGUACGAUAAAGUUUGAAUAGCGCGAAUUCACUUGAACUUUUAAGUGACAUUUUCGCCGCAGUUGCUGCUGUGGUUGCUUAAGCUCCCCACUACAUUCUUGGUUUCGAUGUUGAAGUGGAAAACGUGAACAAUCAUUUUUCCUUUUGGUUAAGUAACUCGUAGCUUGAGAAAACAGCCGACAUUUCACGACGUCACCACUUGUAUCCCCGCGAAAUGAUGUCUGAGAAAUGAGCGCAGAAAUUCCAUACUGAUGACAUGUAACUACCCAGAUCUGGUUAGUGACGCGUCAUCAGUAUCGUUCCUCAGACGUCAUUUCGCAGGGAUACCAGUGGUGGCGUCGCGAAAUGUGUGCUCUUUACUCAGACAGGCUAAGAAGUUCGAGAAAUCUUGGUGUCUUGUUUUACCUCAGGAAUUAUUCCUCACUCCGCCCGUCCACCAAGCACAAAUCAAUCACACGCUCGCCUCACAUUUGUGGCAAAAGUGUCUGUAGACGAGUUUGUAGGAAGGCGAAAAGCUUUCAAAGAAGAAAUGAAGCAUUUCACGGGUGUUUUGGACACCAGAAUGAGAUUAAAUUCCAUGGAACAAGGAAAAGGUAAUACUAUUAUCAGAAUAAUUAGAUGUCAACUCUCUUGAUAACGUACUAUUAUUUUAACGUAUCACUCAGACGAGAGGAGGGAUCUCCAAGCGGCAAUGGUGUAUGAACCCUAAAUUAUACCACGUCCGAACAAAAGAGCGAUUGAAUGUAUUGCCUCCUGGUCGUUCAACAAAAAAAUAAUGGAAAGGUCUUAGUGAACACGUUUCGUUUUUUUCUGUUCUCUGGCAAGAAUGCAAUUCGUUUCCCCAUCACGAAAGCACAAGCAAACAUAGGCUGGCUAGCGGAAGUAAAAGGGAGGGGCGGGGGUGGAAAUACGCACAACAAAGGGAAGAUGAACAUUAUACGCCUAUUACAUAAUUGCGUGAGCUAGAGUGAACGUUAGAACAGAAGGCGGAGGUGCGACGCGCGAGAUUCACUCUUACCUUCCCGCGCUCGUGCGUUUCGCUCGCGAUUUGUCACGUGCACGUUCCUUCCAGUUCCUUCCAAUUAAUGUUGACUUUAAUUUCAGCUUUCGUGUGAACGCCACGUUACAGUUAAACCAGUCAGAAUAAUCUUGUUUCUCUUUUGUUUUUUUAACAGGUGCUGAGCUGACUGGGGAACAUGAUAGAGAACACGGUGAAGAAAAAGAAACGGAGGACAUGGAAGGACAGUCACGAAAUAGAGAUAAACCACAGUUAGAGAAUGAAUCAGAAGAAGAAGAAGGGGAAGGAGACGGCCAUGAAGAUGAAGAGGAAGAGAUUGAUGACCCAGAAUUUACAGAGUUAAACCGACGAAUGGGAGAAGUGUCACAGAGCAGGGACUUGGAGGAGAUAAGGAAACUACAUGAAGAGCUACAUCUGCGUCAUGUCAUGGCCAGACAGGAUGCCGUCAGACGAAUAACAAAUCUAAUUUAGAAAUAAAAGACUUAAGAAUACACGUGAUGUUGAAACCGUGUAACCAGCACGUCAAUCGUAGCCUCCCACGCAGACGUUCUUAGGGGUUGCUCACGCGUUCCUGCCACGCGUGACGAACCCCUAAGAACGUCUGCGUGGAAGGCUACAUCAAUCGCGGAUACAGUGGAAGCUCUCUUAACAGACACGUAAGCGGACAGCUCUACGUACGGCCGCCUCCUCAAAACCCCGUUUUAACUUCCACAGAAACCAUGUAUUUUUACAUUCCCUAAGCGGACAAUUUCCUUAGUCGGCCGCGGCGGACACUUUCAGAGUUUACUAGUAAGAUUUUAGCUUGGUUUUUAAGCUCACGUAAGCAGGUAAGCGGACACCUGAAAUGUAAUCUCAUUCGCCUCUGAAUCUUUCAUACCUCUGAAUUCUUCAUAUCGCUGUUCGUCACAAUGAAUUUAUAUCAGUUUCCU